AGCCACACGGACGGCAGCCCGCAGAGCCGACACUCAAGAUGGCAGGUCUAUCUUUAUACUUUGAAGAUGGCCAUGAUGAUCUGGAUGACUUUGGAUUUGACGACUACGGUUCAGAGUGUGACGGCAUCCGCAUCACAGCCUUCCUAGACGCAGGACAAGACAACCUCACUCCUCUCGGGAGGCUAGAGAAGUACGCCUUCAGUGAGAAUGUCUUCAAUAGGCAGAUUGUGGCUCGUGGCCUGCUUGAUGUGCUUCGCGAGUUCAGUGAUAAUGAAAAUGACUUUAUCAGUGUCAUGGAGACAGUUGCCAGAAUGUCAGAAGAUGGAGAGCCCACAGUGCGAGCUGAACUGAUGGAGCAGGUCCCAAACAUCGCCAUGUUUUUACACGAGAGUCGGCCCAACUUCCCAGCCGCCUUCUCAAGAUACUUGGUACCCAUUGUAGUCCGGUAUCUCACUGAUCCAAAUAACCAGGUGCGUAAGACGAGCCAGGCAGCGCUGCUUGUUCUGUUGGAGCAGGGCCUCAUCUCUAAGGCCGACAUGGAGACCAAAGUUUGUCCAGUUCUGCUUGACCUCACAGAACCCAGCAGUGACGACGACUACAAAAUCGAGGCAGUUGCUAUCAUGUGUAAAGUUGUCACCAUGCUGAGCAAAGACACAGUGGAGCAUCUAUUGUUGCCACGCUUCUGUGACCUGUGCAGUGAUACAAGACUCUUCCAAGUCCGAAAGGUCUGUGCAGCAAAUUUUGGAGAGUUUUGUUCUAUUGUGGGUCAGGAAGCUACAGAAAAACUACUGAUGCCCAAGUUCUUCGAUCUGUGCUCAGACAGCCUGUGGGGCAUCAGGAAAGCCUGCGCAGAGUGCUUCAUGAUGGUUUCCAACUCCACCUCCCCGGAGGUGCGACGUGCAAAAUUGUCCCCCCUGUUCAUCAGCCUCAUCAGUGACCAGUCCCGCUGGGUUCGCCAGGCUGCCUUUCAGUCUCUGGGGCGUUUCAUCUCCACCUUUGCCAAUCCCUCCAGCACAGGCCUUCACUUCAGGGAGGACGGCGCACUACUAGAGGUUCCCAGGUGUACAUCGGACAGCGACUGCUCCCUAAACUCCCUGAACUGCUCCGAUAUUAGCGGCUGCCACACAGGACGAACCAUCGCCCACACGCCUCCCAAUCAGGAUGGCCGUGCCACACCAUCCCCGGAGCACGUCUCGACAGUGGACAGCGAGGAGAUGCACAAUUUUGAUGACAACCACACUUCAGUUCACGGAGUGCUGCACAGCGGCUUCUCCCGCACCAUCCAGAACCAUAACAACAGCCCCAAGACCACAAACAACGCUAAGAACAUGAAAGAAAUGGAGCAGACAGACGAGAACUUUAAUUCUUUUCAUUACUGGAGGUCUCCUUUACCAGACAUCAGUGGGGAACUGGAGAUGCUAAGUUGUCACACAACAGAGGAAAACAAAGAGGGGGAGGAGGAUAAGGAACCGGAGGAUAAUUGUCCUGAUCCCAAGUCCACCCCUGGUCAAACUACCAGCGACCAGAUCCAGAAGGUCUUGGACUGUUUGCAGCCGCACAUGGACGACCCCGAUGUACAAGCUCAAGUCCAGGUAUUGUCAGCAGCUCUAAAGGCAGCACAGCUCGACAGCCAGGGAGACGACAGCCCGGGAGACGACAGUCCGACAGAAACCCAACCACCUACGGAACUUGAGAGCAACACUGAGAGCCGGGUCGUGGAGAAAAAAUCUGUGGAGGUGCAGUCAGAGAGCGAAGAGAGUCCCACGGAAGAGGAGGAGGAUGAAGAAGAGGAAGAGGAGGAGGAGCAGGAGGAGGAGCAAACAAUGGAAACUCCCCCCGCCUCGGAGUCGUGCCCCGUCCAGGAGCAAGGGGAGGAGGAGACGCAGACGGAGCCCUUGGAGGAUCAGCAGGAGUCUCCUCCUGACUCCCCUGUUCUAGAAUCUGAACUAAUUGAAAGUGUGGAGGAAGAGGGGAAGGACGACUCUGCUAACAGCCCACUAUCUGAAGAUAAGCCUAAGAUCCAGAACGUCAUCCCUCAGCAGCUGCUGGAUCAGUACCUCUCUAUGACUGACCCGGCUCGGGCUCAGACGGUGGAUACAGAGAUAGCCAAACACUGUGCCUUCAGCCUGCCGGGGGUGGCGCUCACUCUGGGACGACAGAACUGGCAUUGCCUCAAGGACACGUAUGAAACCCUCGCUACUGAUGUGCAGUGGAAAGUGCGGCGUACACUCGCCUUCUCCAUCCAUGAGCUGGCAGUGAUCCUGGGAGACCAGCUGACAGCGGCUGAUCUGGUGCCCAUCUUUAAUGGUUUCCUGAAAGACCUGGAUGAGGUCCGCAUUGGUGUGCUCAAACACCUCUAUGACUUCCUCAAGCUGCUGCACGCGGACAAAAGGAGAGAAUAUCUGUACCAGCUGCAGGAGUUCAUGGUGACGGACAACAGCCGCAACUGGAGGUUCAGAUACGAGCUGGCAGAGCAGUUGAUCUUGAUCAUAGAGUUGUACAGCCACUACGACGUGUAUGACUACCUCAGACAGAUAGCGCUCACACUCUGCUCUGACAAAGUCUCAGAGGUCAGGUGGAUCUCGUACAAACUGGUUGUAGAGAUCCUCCAGAAGCUGUAUGCAUGUGGGGCCGAUGACCUAGGCCUGAACUUCAUCAACGAGCUCACCGUCAGGUUCUGCCACUGUCCCAAGUGGGUGGGGCGGCAAGCCUUUGCCUUCAUCUGCCAGGCUGUAGUGGAGGAGGACUGUAUGCCCAUGGAUCAGUUCAGCCAGCACCUCCUGCCCAGCCUGCUCAGCCUCUCCUCAGACCCGGUGGCUAAUGUUCGCGUAUUAGUGGCCAAGGCUCUGCGACAGAGCGUCAUGGAGAAAGCGUACUUCAAGGAGCCGGGCUGUGCCUACUCAGAUGAGCUGGAAGAGACUGUGAUGGCCCUGCAGUCUGACAAAGACCGGGACGUCCGCUUCUUCGCCAGCCUGGACCCCAACAAAGGCUUGAUGGACACGGCUCCCUUGAUCUAGCCUCAGCUCCCCAACACCCCCCCAGCCCCCUCCGUUACAGCCCACCUGCCUGUCUACCUACCUGUCUGUCUGACUGACACACAGUCGGCGUAACCGCAACACCAGCACCUGACCAGAUCCCCAACCACUCUCGCCUGCUGGCCAGACCCGCAUCACAGACCACUCGAGAAUCAUGUCAGUUGUUCAGAUCACAGUAUAUAAAAGUAUGAGCAUGCUCAAACAACACAAACCCAGUCUCUGGUUGGGAACUACAUAGCGAACAUUGCAUCCACAACACAAAAACGCAUACUUCUCAGAGUUUCCAGACAAUGAGCAGGACUCAGACAUCAGCCACUUUGUGGGAGCUGCAGUGUUUUUGCUUGAACUUUUUUUCCCCCACCGCCCUCGUCCACACUAACAACAUCCACCCCAAAUCUUCCCCCGAUCUCAGACUUGUAAAACUACAACGGGCUCUCUCUUUCCAAAGCUAAUUGUAAGCUUGAUAUAAAAUGAAUUGAUUUUUUUUCCUUUUUUUUUUCUUAUUGCUUCUUUUUGUGGAUUUCUAACGAACAAGCGGGCGAGGCCUGCCUGACUCUGACGUGUGCACUAACUCAGGGGGACUCAUCUGAACCUAAACAGCAUUAGCUUACAUGAUAAGCAGCAGCUCCUGGAUCCCUGGUGAAAAACUCCAGCUGUCUGAGCAACAGACCAGCCAAACCCUAGUAGCUCUGCUGGUGUCUCUUGCCUCAUUUCCUCCUAAAUGCCUCCGUUGUCUCAGAUGUCUUUUAUCUUCUAAGAUGUCCUCUGGGUUACUGUCUGUCUCCCUUAUACCUUCUCUUACUCACUUUUUUCCCUCUUCAUCUUUCCAAUGGGCCUUCCACGGGCCACAGAAACCACUACUACUGCACAGAAGGAACAGUGAUUCUGCCACUCAGCGUAACUCUUAAUUAAAACCUUAUCUUGACAUUUCUUUGAAAGAACACCUUAAUGAACUGUUCCCCCUCGACCUCCUCCCACAUGUGUCUGUUUACCAAAAAUGUGACACAAAGCGUCUCCCAGGCGGCAGGAGACGAGCGAAAUACCUCUGUUUGGACACGACUGGCCAGUGUGUCGCACACAUAGAGGGACAUCCACGGUUCAAACAGGCUCCGAAUGUCCUCGAUUUGGUGAUUUUUCCUUUUUACGAGCGUUCUGUGGUGUUGAUUAAAAAAACAUCUUAACAAGGGCUCCUGAUGAUGUGACACAGGGUGAUGUAAAAACUCAGAGAGAAGAAGGAAGAAAGCAAAGCACACUGUUGGAUUAUGCAUGACCCCCCCCCCCCACCCAUUCUCCAUUCUUCCCCCCUUGUGUAUAGUCUAUUCCAGCUCCUUAUGGUUGACCUCCUGAUAAUGAAUUAUGUGACCACGGUAGCUUUCAGUGGAUCUGACAGACCAGUUGUACAGUAGGAUAUAGGAAUGGUUGUGUUAUGAGACUGAGAGACAACUGAUCAUUAUUUCCCUGUCUUGGUGGGGUGAUUUUAAGUAUGAGGUUUCUCAAAUUUUUUGCAACUCUUUGUACAGCUUAAACCUGUGGAAAAAAACUGUGUGUGUUUAUGGAACCAAGGCCAGUUUAGUAGGGUUUUUACCCAUCGAGACGUGUGUGUGUGUGUGAAUAUUGGGAGCAGUCACCAAGUCACUUUUUUGUAGUUUUUUUUUUUUUUUUUUUCCUCUGUUGUAAAUGGUAACCCUUUUUUUUUUUUUUUGGACAUAGACAUAACUUGAGAAUUUAAAGCUGAUUGUGUUGUGUGCUGUGCAUCUCAAGUCUUUCUUCCUUCGAAAGGAGAGCUCACUGCGGUAAUGGCGGUGUCAACUCAUCUCGUCUGUCUGCGAUUUGUGUCCAUCUCAUUUUUUAUGUAGUAGAACAGUUAAUAUAUACAUUUUAUGAAAAUUAUUUUUCUUUUCAAUUAUGCACCACUGUUCAAAGAUUUUAUAUCCUAACUUUACAAAAUUUACAACCUUUGUAAUAUUCAAUGGUUUCUUUUAAAAAGACAUUUUAUGUAAUGUUAUUUUUAGUAUUCUGUAAUUAAAAUGAUUA